AAGAGAAAGCAACGAGGAGACAGCUCGAGAACGGCAGUCUCGCUGUAAUUUAGACUAAUUGUAAAUAAUCUCACGCAAGAGGAUAUGAGCGACAACGAGAAGGAUUUCGUUGAGCGGGAGUCCCGCUCCGCCUCCAGGAGUGUGAGCCCAAGGGGGUCGGGGAAGUCGGCCAGUCGUUCCCCGGCCCAGUCUCCGGCUCCAUCCAAGGAGGGGUCCCGCCACUCCCGCUCCAAGUCCCGGUCCCGCUCCAGGUCCAAGUCCAGGUCUCGCUCCCACCGCAGCUCGCGCCGGCACUACUCGCGGUCCCGGUCCCGCUCGCACCGCCGCCGGUCCCGCUCCCGCUCCUACAGCGGGGACUACCGGCGCCGCCGCAGCCACAGCCACUCGCCCAUGUCCAACCGCCGCCGCCACAUCGGCAACAGGGCCAACCCGGACCCAAACUGUUGCCUGGGUGUGUUCGGCCUCAGCCUGUACACCACCGAGAGGGACCUGAGGGAGGUGUUCUCCAAGUAUGGCCCGCUCACCGACGUCAGCAUCGUGUACGACCAGCAGUCCCGGCGCUCCCGGGGUUUCGCCUUCGUCUACUUCGAGAACAGAGAGGAUUCCAAAGAGGCUAAGGAGCGUGCCAACGGCAUGGAACUUGACGGUCGGCGGAUCAGAGUUGACUUCUCAAUCACAAAGAGGCCGCACACCCCCACGCCGGGCAUCUACAUGGGACGGCCAACAUACGGUGGUGCGGGAGGCCCCAGCGUCAGCCGGCGCUACUCACGGGAUUACUAUGACCGAGGGUACGACCGGGGCUACGAUCGCUAUGACGACCGCGACUACUACAGAUCUUACAGGCGCAGAUCCCCCUCUCCAUACUACAGUCGAGGGGCGUACCGAUCCAGAUCCCGGUCGCGCUCCUACUCCCCCCGUCAUUACUGAAGAGAUCAACGUAAGGAGCUUCCUUCUCUGAAGAUGUUUGUACUCAGUGGGGUGGCAGAGGUUGGGUUAGGGGGAAGGGUCACAUUGGGUAAGGAUUGACUUCGUUUAGUGUAUGUACCUGACAACAGGACUUUUGCCCCGGUUGUAGAUGUGCUGUGUUUAUCUAUUUGAUGCAUUCUGUGCUGUAUUUUUCUCCCCCAUUUUUAUUGGUAAAUGUAUGCAAGUACCCCCUUUUUGUUUUGUAAACGACAAGCUUCUGGUCAGGGCAGUAAAAGUGCGGUGCUCGUCUAGACCAGUACAGUGUGUGUAUGCUUUUAAGUCAGCAGUAU